CAACGGUAUCGUCUGCUAUUUAUUUCUAAAAGUUUUGUUUACAAUGUAAACAUUAAAUUUUACGCAUAAUCUUUCAAAGCAUUUGAUUCGUAAAUACAAGUUUUUCACAAUGAAUGAUCACAGGAAGUGGCCUUUAAUAAGUAUAGUAUCAUUGGGGAUCGGAAUCAGCACUAUCUUCAUAGCUGGAAGAUCGAUAGCUCGUGUAGCUUUGAGAUGGCGAUUCUUGAGAAAAGUAAAUGUAAUUCAAAAAAGACUGAAAGAAAAAUUGGAAAAUCCGUUUCCAGCAACAACAAUCGUUACUCGCAUAUCAGAAUGGGACGAAGUCUGCUCAGUGCUCUUAAGGGAUUGUGCAGAAAUUCCAAUUUUGGGAUUUGAUUGUGAAUGGGUCAAUUUCAAUGGCAAUACUCAGCCCAUAGCUCUAAUACAGCUGGCCUCACAUCAAGGGAUCUGUGCCCUUGUGAGAGUGUGCUGCCUUUCUACACUUCCUGAAACUCUCAAAAAUAUCCUGUCCAAUCCUAAAAUCUUGAAAGUGGGAGUUGCCACUUGGGAAGAUGCAUCUAAAUUGAAAAAAGAUUUUGGCAUACAGUUUUGUGGAGGAUUUGAUGUGCGCCAUUUGAUUUUAAGACAUCCAAAGAGGCUGUCGCUGUCAGCGAGAUCUGGUCUUUCAGGCUUAUCGGAACAGCUGUUAGGUAAAGCGUUGAACAAACAUUAUUCAGUGAGAUGUAGUGAUUGGGAAGCAGAAAAUCUAUCCGAUGUGCAAGUAAAAUACGCAGCGCAAGAUGCCGUAGCUUCGAUUGCCAUUUGUUUGAAACUAAUAGCCGAAACAAGCCUGCCUGAUCUAAACAAUAGAUUUUGGGUGAUAAAUAACAUGAAUGAAUUCUAUACAUCAUGGGCUGUCACAUGUGUGGUAUUGGAUACAAAAUUUAGAAUGUCAUCAAACCAUAAAUUUAUGGGGACCAGUAACUCUAAAGGGAAGAAAUUUACUGCAACGAAGCCAAAUAAUUCCAGAGCUUAUGCAGCUAGAAAGACCGCACUCUACGAUAAUUGCAUUUUACAAGCUCCUGAUGGGCAGCAGCUUUGCACCUGUGACUACAAGAAAGCCAUGUGGUACUUCGCAAAAGGUCGAGGUGAAGUGGUUUGCGAGAACCCAAUGACAGUCCGUUUGAAUUUUGAACCGGCUGGACGACCAUCAUCGGAAUACGAUCGAUAUUAUCUUACGGACAAAGUUAACAAGUGUGUUGUGUGUGGUCAAUCGGAGUCGUUUCUUAGAAAAAACAUUGUUCCUCAUGAAUAUCGAAAACAUUUUCCCGACCACUUGAAGGACCAUAAAAGUCACGAUAUUUUGCUGCUUUGCAUCGAAUGCCACACGGUUUGCAACACCCAUGAGAACACUGUAAAGAAUGAAUUGUCAUUAAAGUGUGAAGCUCCAAUUGGCACCGAAAGGGGAGUUAAGACAAAACUAGAUAAAAGACUGAGUGGUGUCCAGAAAGCUGCAAAUGCCCUAAUUCUUAACCGACAUGCAAUACCAUCUGACAGAGUAGCAGUACUAGAGGAUGUCAUAAAAAGUUAUUAUGAAGUAGAAGAUCUGACACCAGAGAUCAUGGAGAUGGCCAAAAACCUCGAAGUUCACGUGCCCAAUUCUGACUACGUUCCACAUGGUUUAAAAGUAGUUCACUAUUUUGAACGGGAGCAUCCCGGUGGAUUGUUGGCAUUAGAACGACUUUGGAGGGAACACUUUCUGCAAACAAUGCGGCCGCGUCACCUUCCUGCCCUUUGGUCCGUAGAACAUUACAGAAAGCCGGAAGAAAAAUGGGGCAACAAUAAAACAAGCGUGCCAGAGUCAGUUUAGUGAUUCUGUUCCAAUACAGCUGCAUUUUCAUUGAA